UGAAUGGACACACACACACACACACAUUAACACUGUGUAUUUGUCCUGUCAAACUCCAUAAAUCUUGUGCUGAUCCUCAAUAGUGGGAUUAUCCCAAAACCUCCAAUAACGUUUGAAUUCUUGAGGCAGAUGUAGUAGUACUAAGUAUUUAUACAGAUAUUGCUUUCUUGUUCAUAGACCCACUUCACAAAAAGACCACAGUAUACUGGCUUGUCUGGUUCAAGCCAUGGAAGUUCUGAGUGUAAAAUCCCCAGUUCAAGAAUCCCAAAACUUUCCCCUAUGUUUUAUCUCUGGCCUCCAGGUUUCUGAAGAAAAGAGUACGAGGAAAAAAAGUUGCAGUCUUUAGAGUGUUUGGGCGGCGAUUCUUGUUGUUCUGAGAUCAUUUCAUGUGUUUCUGGUUUGUAAAAAAGAGAAAAGAUGGAAUUUUUCAAUAGUUUUGCAGGGUUUUCUACUGAGAACUAUGGGAUUCAGAGGAUGAUAAGAAAUGGGUCAUCUUCAUCUUCUUCAUUGGUUUUGGAUACUGAGAAGGGAGAGCUUGUGAGGGCUCUGGUGAGGCCUGGGCAAAAAGGGGUUAACCCGGAGAAGGCAUUGAUUGCUCUGAGGAAUCAUAGUGAAGCAGAGAGGCGGCGCAGAGAGAGAAUCAAUGGCCAUUUGAGCACCCUUAGGAGCCUCAUCCCUGGCACAAACAAGAUGGACAAAGCAGCAUUGCUUGCCAAAGUUAUCGGUGAGAUAAAAGAGCUGAGGGGCAGUGCAUCAGAGGCUACAAAAGGGAUUCUUGUGCCAACAGACACGGAUGAAGUUCGAGUCGAACAGCAGGCUGAAGGGUGCGAUGGAGCUACGUAUUCCAUCAAGGCAUCUCUGUGCUGUGACUAUAAACAUGAGCUUCUUUCUGAGCUAAGGCAGGCUCUUGAUGCUCUCCCUCUCAAGACACUGAGGGCCGAGAUCGCGACUCUGGGGAGCCGGAUGGUUAGCCUGUUCGUGGUGACUGAGAACGAGGGGAACGUUGAGGAUACUGAGAGGCGCGAGUUCCUUGCUAGCUCGGUUCACCAGGCUCUGCGGUCUGUGCUCGAUAAGUUUUAUGCAUCGGAAGAGUUCUCUUCGAGGACUAGUCUCUCGAGCAAGAGGCGACGAGUCUCGUUCCUCAACUCUUCGGGCUCAUCUUCCCUGGGAGAUUUCUGGUGAGGGAAGGUGAUCACUGAUCUUAAUUGAUGGAUCUUAGCUUCUUCAGUAUAGUUCCUUUCACUGCUCUAAUUUUAUGUGUCUAAAUUAGCUUCAGUGUAUGAAGUAGUAAUACUUGGGUUAAUAGGCAUAUGUACUAGCAUACAUGUCUUAUGACAGAAAAAGGAUUUGUAUGCUACUACAUAUGCUUGCUUUUCUGUAUAAUGGAAAACUUCCCCUCCUUGUUGCAAUAUGAAUCAAAAUAAGAUAAAAUUCUAUUCCUGAA